AUGGCCGAUCCUGUAAUUGGAGCUACUCUUCAAGUUGUGCUUGAGAAGUUGCUUUCUCUAAUUAUCGAGGAGCUCAAAAGCUUAAGGAACUUCAACAAUGAUCUGGAAAUGCUGAUACAAAAUGUAUCCUUGAUCCAAGCUUUCAUUCAUGACGUUGAAAGACCACAAGUUGAGAAACAGGUUGUGGAACAAUGGCUCAUGAGGCUUGAGAGAGUUGCUGAAAAUGCUGAAAAUGUGUUUGAUCAAUUAAGAUAUGAAUCUCUCAAAACAAAAGUGAUGAAGAUCAGAAACAGCCCAGUGAAAAAGGUCCGUGACUUCUUUUCUCAUACUUCUUUUAAGUGCAAAAUGUCUCGAAAAAUCAACAACGUCACUCAAGAGUUGAUGGCUAUCAAUAAGUUAGCCAAACACCUGGGUAUCCAAUCACUGAUAGUUCCUUCUCCGCAAAUACUACAAAUUCGAGAAACAGAUUCCUUAGUAAUUAUUUCGGAUGUUGUUGGUAGAGAUAAGGAUGUUUCUGAUAUAAAGGAGAAGAUUUUGAAAAUGAGAGAGGAUGUUGUUCUGUGCACCAUUCCCAUAGUAGGUAUGGGGGGUUUAGGGAAAACAACAGUGGCUAAAAGAAUUUUUAAUGAUGAACAGAUCGAGAAACACUUUGAAAAGAGAGUUUGGUUGUGUCUACCUGAAAUGUCCGAAAUGAAGAGCUUUCUUGAACUGAUCCUCGAAUCAUUGACAGAGAGGAAACUUGAGGUCCAGAGCAGAGAUAUAAUAGUCAAGAAACUCCGAGAUGAACUGACAGGAAGAAAGUAUUUGCUUGUCCUGGAUGAUUUGUGGCGUGUUGACCCAACACUGUGGCAUGAGUUUGUGGACACCUUGCGAGGAAUAAAUACAUCUCGAGGAAACUGCAUUCUUGUGACUACCCGUAUGGAACUGGUGGCGUCUGCAGUAGUAGUAGGACCUCAUAUGUUGGAAAAAUUAACAGAACAACAUUGCUGGUCAAUUUUCAAACAAAAAGCAUUUGUUGAUGGAGAAGUUCCAGAGGAAAUAAUGAGUAUGGAGAAAAGGAUUGGUGAAAUGUGCCAAGGUCUACCUUUGGCUGCAAGUGUGUUAGGAGGCCUCCUACGCAACAAGAAAAAACAUGAAUGGCAGGCAAUUCUUGAUGGCAAUCCCCUUGUUCCACUUGAUCAAGAUGACAAUGGAGAAAAUAGCUUAAAGAAAAUCCUAAAACUCAGCUUUAAUUAUCUACCAUCUCCACACCUGAAAAAAUGUUUUGCUUACUUUGCAAUGUUUCCAAAAGAUUUUGAGUUUGAAAAGGACCAACUUAUCCAACUCUGGAUGGCAGAAGGAUAUCUUUGUCCAUUUCAAGAUGCCGUUCUAAUGGAAGAUGUUGGGAAUAAGUUUUUUCAACUUUUGUUGCAAUAUUCCUUGCUGCAAGAUGUGAAGCUAGAUGAGCACAGUAAUAUAACACACUGUAAGAUGCAUGAUCUUGUGCAUGAUUUGGCUGGAGAUAUUUUAAAAUCUAAAUUAUUUGAUCAAAAGAGCGUCAAAGGAGAAAAUCUGUCUCAAGUGCGAUACUUUGGAUGGGACUCACCAAGGGAUCAAAUAGAUAAGAUAAAUGAGCCAGGACGUUUGUACACAUUGUUCUGGAGAUGCAAUUCUGUACCUGAAGAUGUGUUAUUGAGUUUUAAGUUCUUGAGAGUUUUAAAUUUGUCCAAGUCAGGUAUGUGGGAGUUGACAGUUUCAGUUGGCAAGCUAAUACAUUUGAGAUAUCUUUAUCUCUCUGACACUAAUAUCAAAGCUUUGCCUGACUCCAUAUGCAAGCUCUACAAUUUGCAAACGUUACGAGUCAAUAACUGUUAUUAUCUUGAGGAACUUCCAGAUGAGAUGGGAAAUAUGAUAAGUUUGAGACAUAUAUAUAGCAAACCUCUUCAUAAUAAGCAUUUUCGGAUGCCAUUUAACAUGGGGAAAUUGACUUGUCUUCAGACCCUACAGUAUUUCGAGGUGGGUAUAGAGCAAGGUCGUCGAUUAGUAGAAUUAGGUUGUUUGGAAAACCUUAGAGGUGAAUUGACAAUCAGAGGUCUCCAAUUAGUUGGUAAUAAGGAAGAAGCUCAAACAACAUAUCUACAGGAGAAACCAAACAUCUACAAACUGGCAUAUUUAUGGUCCCAUGAUGAACCAGAAGGAUGUGAGACUAAUGAUGAGCAUGUGUUGGAUGGCCUUCAACCGCAUCCGAACUUGAAAACCUUAGAAGUGGAGGAGUAUUUAGGGACUAAAUUUCCUUCAUGGUUCAAUGAAGAAUUUCUACCAAAUUUAGUCAAGUUAAAGUUAAUUGAUUGCAAAAGGUGCAGAAAAAUUCCAUUGCUUGGCCAACUGAAAUUCCUUCGGCAUCUUGAGCUGGUAGGGUUCCAUAAGGUGGAGUGUAUUGGAACUACAUUUUAUGCGAUUGAUGGUAACAAUAAUGGAAAUAUCCAAGUGUUCCCGUCAUUGAAAGAACUAGUAUUGGAGGAUAUGCCUAGCCUUAUUGAGUGGAAGGGAGUGGAAUUGAUACCAACAACAAAUGGUGGUAGAGAUGAAGUAAUUGGAGUAAGAAUGUUCCUUGGGCUUGAGAAGUUGAGGAUUACAAAGUGUCCAUUGCUAAAAAGUACUCCAAAUCAAUUUGAAAUCCUACGUGAAUUAAUAAUUGAAGGAGUUGACAGUGGAGUGCCAUUGUUGAACUUGUGCAGCAACUUGACAUCUCUAGUAAAACUUGAUCUCAGUGAUGUGAAAGAGCUCACUUGUCUUCCAGAUGAAAUUCUACGCAACAAUGUUUCUCUUCAAUUCCUGUCAGUCUCCGACUGUGGAGAGUUUCGUGAAUUUCCACAAAGCUUGUACAAUCUCCAUUCUCUUAAGAGCUUAGAAAUAUCCUUCUGCACCAAUUUCAGUUCCUUUCCUGUUCCAAGUGGAGAGAAUUAUUUGACUUCCCUUCAAAGUCUUCAGUUAUUUUGUUGUGAUGAACUGACCAUUUUACCAAGUGGAAUGAUAGAGCAUUGUCGGUCUCUGGAGACCUUGUUGGUCAGCUACUGUAACAACUUAGUUUCCUUUCCUUUACAUGUGUGGGAAAUGCCUUCACUUUCAGAUUUGGAUAUAUCAGAAUGUCCAAAAUUGAUAAGUGUACCUGCAGGGGGACUUCACCGUCUCACCGGGUUAAGGGCAUUGUGUAUUGGUCCUUUCUCAGAGAUGGUGGAUUUUGAGGCAUUCCAAUUGAUAUUUAAUGGCAUUCAGCAGCUGUUGUCCUUUCGUAGAUUGUAUGUGUACAGACGUUUGCACUGGGAUUCUCUGCCCUAUCAGCUUAUGCAACUCUCUUUCCUAACUCAUAUUCGAAUAUAUGACUUUGGAAUCAAGGCUAUUCCUCAUACACUUGGAAAUCUUACUUCUCUUGAAACAUUAGAGCUAAGGAGCUGCAAACGGCUACAACAUGUGGACUUGUUACAUGUCAUGCCCAAAUUGCGGUAUUUGUGGAUAGAUGAUUGUCCAUUGUUAGAAGCUCUGAUGGAUGGAAUCGUCAACCUUAUUUCUUUGGAAGUGUUAACUUUAUCAAAUUGCGAAAAACUAAAGCAUCUGCCAUCCAGAGAUGUCAUGCAACGCCUCACCAAAUUAUGGAGCCUGCAAAUUGAAGGCUGCCCACAGUUAAAAGAAAGUUGCACCAAACUGUCAGUGGUUCAAGAUUUCUCAUCUUCGAGUAAUUAA